CUGUACAGAAUACAAAGGCCAGAAACAUCGACAGUAUUUCAUUCGCCUUCCUACUCUCCCUCAUCUUUUCAUCGUCAUGGCUUCUCUACUCAACGUUGGGGCUUUACCCUCAGACCAGCCUGGCUACUCCUUCUCAAGCUCUGCUGCUUCUAUUGAGGCUUCUGGGCCCAAACAACAUGGUUUCUACCCAUACACAGACAAUGGUGGCUCAACGUUAGGAAUCACAGGCGCCGACUUUGCCAUCCUCGCAGGCGACACACGAUCAACCUCUGGCUACAAUAUCAACACCCGAUAUGAACCCAAGCUCUUCCGUAUUGGUGAUGAAGAAGAUUCGUCGCAAAUCGUCCUGUCAGUGGUGGGAUUUGCAGCAGAUGGUCGCGCAUUGAAGGAACGGCUAGACGCCAUUGCAAAAAUGUACAAAUAUCAACACGGCAAGCCAAUGAGUGUCAAGGCAUGCGCUCAACGGUUAUCCACGAUCCUCUAUCAGAAGCGUUUCUUCCCAUAUUACGUACACGCGAUUCUGGGGGGACUCGACGAGGAUGGGAAGGGCGCCCUGUACAGCUAUGACCCCGUGGGAAGCUACGAGCGAGAACAAUGUCGAGCAGCUGGUGCGGCAGCCAGCUUGAUCAUGCCGUUCUUGGACAACCAGGUCAACUACAAGAACCAAUACAUUCCGGCUUCCGGAUACGGCCACGAGUUGCAACAGAGACCGAUCGAGAGUUUGCCAAAAGAUGUUGUGAUUGGGUUGGUCAAAGAUGCCUUCACUAGUGCCACGGAACGACAUAUCGAAGUUGGUGAUGGCCUACAGAUGCUGAUCAUCACGAAAGAUGGGAUUGAAGAAACAUUCACGCCGCUCAAGAGAGAUUAGAACAACCAUGGAAACAUUCUAGCUCAUGAUGGCGUUGUCUUUGUAUGCAUGACACGGCGAAUGGGAACAUUCUGAAUUCGAGACCAAAUGAUAUUGGUCCUGUCUUAUGUUUCUACGCCUCUUCUGCUAGCUGAAGCGCAAUGAGAUAGGUGAAGCCGCGUGAACGCCAUGUACUCC